AUGGCAUCUUUGACUGACAGUAAUUCAUUUGAUUUUAAAUAUGUACAAUCUUAUCUUAUCAAAAAUCAUCUGCUUGGUCAUAUGAAAAUAAAUUAUCAUGAUAUACAUCAUACAUAUUUAUGUCUUACAAAAGAUAAACAAACAAUUAAUAAUGAUCAAUUGUACUCUGUAACCGAUCUAUUGUCCAAUAAUUUACACCAAUAUCAAAUUGAAGAUGAUCAUUGGAAUUAUUUGAAUGAUGUAAUGCUUGAUAAAAUGUAUGAUGGUCUUCAUGUUUUAAAACGUGUAGCAUUAGUAUUAAAAGAUGAAUUAAAAGAGCACACUAAUAUUGAAAUUAAUUUUUCAUCAAUGUAUUUAUAUACAUUUAUUUCACAAUAUUUUCAUCAACAAAAAACAUCAUUAUUAGAUACAUUAAAUAAAUGUGAAAUACAAGAUUUUCCACUCUGUUAUUUAGAUCAAGUACGUCAUAUAUUAGAAAAUCGAAUUAGUGGAUAUGAACAUUUAUUUACAGAUAUAUCAGAAUUGUUACGUGUACCAAUUUCAAAUGAAUUAAAAGAAACUUUAGAACAGAAUUUUCAACUAUUUGUUAGUAAUUUGAACUCAAUAGAUGAUACAAAACAAAAGAUGGAAAUAAUAACAGGUUUACUUGAUGAUUUGACACAAAUAGAAAAUUAUUUAUUAAGACAAUCAUCAUUAUCACUAUUGGCUAUUUGUAAUAUAAUGAAUAGUGAUAAUCCACUCGAUGAUCGAAAUAAAUCUAAAAUAUGGUGUGAAAGUUUUAUGGAUAAUGAUAGUAAAAGUCGUUUCGCAAAAUUAUUAUAUCCAAUUGAUGAUGUUAAUUGUAAGGAUUGUGAUGAUGAUGAAAAAUCAUUAAUUAAUCUUUUUGAUUCAAAUGAAAUAUCAACACCAUAUAUGACUUAUCCGAUAACAACAAAUAAUACAACAAAUGAUAAUUUUCUGAUGAUAAAUAUACCAGAUGACGAAACAAAUGAAAAUACAAUUUUAUUAGAUAAACCUAAACGAAUAUUAUUUGAUGGCAAACUGAAUACAUCAACCACGAUAAAUAAUUUGACGCCAUUGGUUGAGAUACGUUUCAAAACGGUUGAUAAAUCAGCAAUAUCAUCGAAUAAACUUUUCAAUCUUUUAAAACAAGUUAUCAUGCCAAAAAUAGAUACAAACUUGUAUAAAGCUAAUAAAUAUUAUGUACUUUUGCCUAAUGGUGAACAAUCUUGUUUUAUUUGUAAAUUGAAUAAGUUUAGUGAAAAAAUUCGACAAUUACUUUUAAAAUAUAAUCUCUCACAACAUUGUUUAGUCGAUUCUGAUGGUAUUGUUAUUGAUCAUUUAGUAGAACAACAUGCAAACGUAACUAUUUCAUCAAAUUGUGAAAUUAUUGAAAAGUCGUGCUUAUUAGAUGUUUAUAUCCAUUUUUCAACAAGUAAUAACGUCUCAAAAUAUUCUGUUAAAAGGACAAUCAAUAUUGAAGUUAUUCUAUUGAGAGUUAUUGUCAAUCAUCCGGAAGAGACUGAUAUAUCAAACACUUGUAUCACUAAUGAAUACGGUUUAUGUAUCGAUAGUGGAGAGAUUGAAAUGUAUUUGUCUAAACACAUUGACAAUACAGUAAAAGUUUAUAUCAAUAAUUUGCCAACUAUUUUUUAUCAACUAGAAUUUAUUAUACCACCUCCUAUUCCAGAAAAAACUUCAAUUUUGUUCCUUCUUCCGACAAGUAAAUGGCAACAAUCACAUGAGUAUUUGAAAAUGACUAUGGGAAUCAUGAAUUUUCGAUUUUUGAAAGAAAUGUCAAUUAUUAAUAAUGAUGACACAAUUCUAUCAGUAUUAUCUGAUCAUCACACUGCUACAAUUUAUGUAUUAAUAUCAGCCGACAUUGUUGAAAGUACUUGGACGGAUAUUAUGGAUUUAUACACCCCAGAUGAUGUUAAUGCUACUGAAUUCAAUGAUUAUUUAGCUCAAACCCAUGUAGACAUUAGUUUAUAUGGGAUUAAUAUAUGGAAUGUGCAUGAUGCAAUAAUUAAUGAUUUACCAAGGACAAAUAAUCACGUUGAGGGGUACAAUAGUCGUUUGGAAAGUAACUUUCCAAAACACCCACAUAUUUAUCAUUUUAUUGAAUUAAAUAAAUUUAAAAGCUGA